AUGUCAUUUUUGUUUGGUAGUUCUGCAUCUAAACAAUCAACGACUCAAAUUUUAUUCGAUGAUGAUCAUAUGAAACCUAAAGUUAAAGUAGAAAGAAAAAAUGGUGUUAUUGAAUUAGUUCAAUUUACACCACAAGAACCAAUAAAAGGAAAAGUAUUUAUUCAAAUGGGAAAUAUUAAGAAACCAAUUAUUCAUAACGGUAUCAAAUUAGUUUUACAAGGAAUCUUUGAAUGCCAAAGUGGUAUGAAACCACAAACAAUCAUUGAUACUUCAGUUGAUUUAUGUGGUCCAAAUUCAUUAACAAAUCAACAAGUAAUGUACCCAUUUGAAUUUGCUCCAUUAAAUCAAUAUGAGUCAUACAAUGGUAAAUUCUUAAAAUUAAAAUAUGUGUUAAGUGUUCAUAUUAUGUCAAAAUCACAUAUUAAUCCACAAGAAAAAGAAUUUGCAUUAAUUAUUCCACAUACCCCAAGUCUUAUUCAACCAAUUAAUCAAGAACUUGGUAUUGAAAAAAUUAUUCAAUUAGACUUAAAAUUAUCAAAAAAUUCUUAUGCUUUAAAUGACGUAAUCAUGGGUAGUUUAUUUAUUCGUUUAUUACAUGUUAAAAUUUGUAGAGUUGAAAUGAAUCUUAUUCGUGUUGAAUCUAUCGGAAGACCUUUAAUGGAAAAAAGUAGAACUAAUUUUAAGAAUAUUCAAUUAGUUGAUGGUCAAUUAGUAAAAGGAGAUAUUAUUCCAGUUAGAUUCUUCUUAAAAAAUUUACAAUUAACUCCAACACAAACAAAUAUCGCUGAUAUUUUUAGUGUUAAUUAUUAUCUUUCAUUUGAUUUCAUUGAUGAAGAAGGAAUGAAAUAUAACUGUGCAACUGAAAUUAAUUUAUAUCGUGGUGAAAAAGAUCAACAAGAUGUUAGAAUGCUUCCACCUGUAGAUGUUGUUGAUUUAGAACACCUUGCCAGUGUUUCUCAUUUAUACCUUGGAGACUCUGACCGUCCUAUAGAAGAACAAGAAAAUUCUCAACCAAAUGAAGUACCAAAACAAGAAGGUGAUGAUAAGCUUCCAUCGUUUGGUGAUGAUUUUAAGGAAGAAGUUUAUGAAGAAACAAAACAAGAUGAUACACCAAAGAAGUCAACUGGUAAUAAUGUUGAAGAUUUCAUUUUCUAA